AAAAAAAAUUACACCGCACCCCUAAUUUUUAAUUUCACCCUCCCCACACCAAAUCCCAAAACCCCCUUCUCCUUCUCACUCCCUCUCUUUCAUACUGGACUGCUACUGUAUUAUUUACCAACCAAAUUCUCUUUCUUCCCCAUUCUCAUCCCUGGAUUCUAUCCUCCGCCAUUUCCGCUUACCUUUUUCCCGUAUCUUUGUUGGUGACCUUUUACUGGGAAAACAUUUGUGCGAAUUUUUAGAGCAAAAAUGUCAGCGUCUGAGGCUGGAGGUGGAGGAGGAGGGGAAGUGAUCACUGCUACCACCACCAGGGACAACACCUCAUUCUCCCUCCCGUCCAUCCAGAAAUCUACGCCACCUCCUCCCGCUCCCCCCCAGCCCCAGUCCCUCCUCCACAACCUGUCUUUCGCCUACCCCAACGACCCACCUAAUCUCUACAAACCUCCUCUCUCAGCCUCUUCCCCGCCAUACCAGCCCGCCACCGCCGACUCCUCCGCCCCUGCCUCCUCUGGUCUGCUGCUUUCUAACAAUGUCAACCUCAAUUCUGGUGCCGACACCGUCAAGCGCAAGAGAGGAAGGCCCAGAAAGUACGGCCCAGAUGGUUCCAUAGCCAUGGCUCUCGUGCCCUCUCCUCCUCCAACUGCUGCUGCUCCGCCUCCACCUGGCGUACAUUUCUCUCCAUCACUGCACCAGCCUCCCUCUCUUGCUGUUCCUCCACCUUCUGGAAUGCCGUCAUCACCGUCACCUUCCACCAAGAAGGCUAGAGGCAGGCCACCUGGUUCUGGCAAAAAGCAACCAGUUGAAGCUUUGGGAUCAGUUGGAAUAGGAUUUACACCGCAUGUCAUAACUGUCAAAGCUGGGGAGGACGUGUCUGCCAAAAUAAUGUCCUUUUCUCAGCAUGGCCCUAGAGCCGUCUGUAUUUUGUCUGCAAAUGGGGCCAUAUCAAAUGUGACUCUUCGUCAAACUGCAACAUCCGGCGGAACUGCAACUUACGAGGGUCGGUUUGAUAUUCUGUCUCUUUCUGGUUCAUUUUUGCUAUCUGAAGUUGGUGGCCAGCGGAGCAGAACUGGUGGGCUAAGCAUCUCAUUGGCUGGACCAGAUGGACGGGUUCUUGGUGGUUGUGUGGCAGGUCUUCUGACUGCUGCAUCCCCUGUUCAGGUCAUUGUUGGCAGUUUUGUGGCUGAUGGUCGCAAGGAGUCAAAAACAGUUAACCAUGUGGUGGAGCCUUCGCAUGCUCCAUUGAAGGUUAAUCCCAGUGGGGCCAGCAGCCCUCCAUCUCGUGGGACUCUCAGUCUCAGUGAAUCUUCUGGCAGCCCAUUAAAUCACAGCACUGGGGCCUGCAAUAAUGUUAGUGCACAAGCCAUGUCUAGCAUGCCGUGGAAAUAAAUAUAAUACGAGUGAAUGAACAGAAGAGGCUAGUUGGCGAGUAGCACAUCCUGCUCCUGGGGAGAUUGUAGUAAUUCAAAACCUAGGUUGUAAUUCUAGUUGUGCAGAGUAUGGAACCGUAGUGUCAUUGUAUUGGUGGGGUAGUCAGCCUGCGUUUUAUUUCGUGCUUUAUUAAUUAUUAGCUUAAAUUUAGGGUUUUAAAGAUACUACUGAUGUUGUGGUUUAGUUUACUACUGUUGUAGAUUUUUUUUUUUUUUUUUGUGCCAAUGAUAGUGGGCAGGCAGUUUUAGGUUCUGCAUUUUCUGUUCUUUCUUGAUGCGGAGUAAUUUUUCUGCCGCUCU